AUGGCUUUAGCUGGCUGCCCAGACUCCUUUUUACAUCUUCCUUAUCGGAUAGACAAUGUAGAUCAGACUUCAGCUCAUGGUCGGCGGGAUCUGGUGGAACCGGGUUUCCAAGAACCGUCUAACCGCAUCUCCCUGAACCACCAAGAUGACGACGUGGACCUGGAAGCUUUGGUGAACGACAUGAAUUCCUCGUUUGAAAGCUUAUACUCUACGUGCAGCGUGCAGUCGGAAACCGCUCCGCUCCUUCAGAACGGCCAGCUGAGCCGCAGCCAGCUGCCCUCGCCGGGCCCCGGCACCCUGCAGCCCAUGUCCCCCAGGCAGAAGGUGCAGCGCUCCCAACCCGUGCGCAUCAUGGCAGUCAGGCGUCUUCAAGAAGAAGAACAGCAAUUCCGAACAUCAUCUUUGCCAGCCAUCCCAAAUCCCUUCCCAGAACUUUGUAGCCCUGCAAGCUCUCCAGUGCUGGCCCCUGGAUCUUUACCUCAGAGUCAACCUGCUAGUAAGCAUGAUGUAAAAGUCUUUAGUGAAGAUGGAACAAGCAAAGUGGUCGAGAUUCUAGCAGACAUGACAGCCAGGGACCUCUGUCAGCUGCUCGUUUACAAAAGUCAUUGUGUGGAUGAUAACAGCUGGACUCUAGUGGAGCAUCACCCUCACCUAGGAUUAGAGAGGUGCUUGGAAGAUCAUGAGCUUAUAGUUCAAGUUGAGUCCACAAUGGGAAGUGAAAGUAAAUUUUUGUUCAGGAAGAAUUACGCAAAAUAUGAAUUUUUCAAAAAUCCCAUGAAUUUCUUUCCAGAACAAAUGGUUGCCUGGUGCCAGCAAACAAAUGGCAGUAUCCCACAGUCACAACUUUUACAGAACUUUUUAAACUCCAGUAGCUGCCCUGAAAUUCAAGGUUUCUUGCAUGUGAAAGAGCUGGGUAGGAAAUCAUGGAAGAAACUGUUUAUGUGUUUGAGGAGAUCAGGACUUUAUUGUUCUACAAAAGGAACUUCAAAGGAGCCAAGACAUUUGCAAUUGUUGGCUGACCUAGAAGACAGCAAUAUCUUCUCUUUGAUAGCAGGCAAGAAGUUGUACAAUGCCCCUGCAGAGUAUGGAUUUUGUAUAAAGCCAAACAGAGUGAGAAAUGAAACUAAGGAACUGCGGUUGUUGUGUGCUGAAGACGAGCAAAGCAGGACGUGCUGGAUGACUGCCUUUCGACUCCUCAAGUAUGGAAUGCUACUGUAUCAGAAUUAUAGAAUUCCUCAGCAGCGAAAAGCCAUGCUUCCACACUUUUCCACUCCAGUAAGAAGUGUAUCUGAAAACUCACUAGUAGCAAUGGAUUUUUCGGGGCAAAUAGGAAGAGUUAUUGAAAAUCCUGCUGAAGCACAGAGUGCUGCCUUGGAAGAAGGACAUGCUUGGAGGAAACGUAGCACAAGAAUGAACAUCUUGGGUAGCCAAAGUCCACUCCAUCCUUCCACACUGAGUACAGUUAUUCAUAGGACACAGCACUGGUUUCACGGCAGAAUCUCUAGAGAAGAAUCUCACAGGAUUAUUAAACAACAAGGGCUUGUAGAUGGAUUAUUUCUUCUCCGGGACAGCCAAAGCAAUCCAAAGGCAUUUGUACUUACAUUAUGCCAUCAUCAAAAAAUAAAGCAUUUUCAAAUCCUGCCGUGUGAAGAUGAUGGACAGAUAUUUUUCAGUCUGGAUGAUGGGAACACCAAAUUCAGUGAUCUAAUCCAGCUUGUUGAAUUCUAUCAACUAAACAAAGGAGUCUUGCCCUGCAAACUCAAACACCACUGCAUCCGAGUGGCCUUAUGA